GGUCCGUGCAGUAGAAGGCUCGGGAGAGGGACGGGAACAGGAGCCUGUGAGCCGCCGCUAUCCUGAGGCCGCCCUAAGCAAGAGGAGCCAGCCUAAGCGCUCCUUGAAUUUAACUCUAAGGUAGCCGCUGUGCGUCUGCAGAGUUAUUCGCGAGGAGUAGAGUGUGCCACGUCUACUGAGACCGGGAGCCAUGAACUUGGCCGGGAGCAGAACCUCCCCCAGGCCUUAAACUGCAAAGUAGGCAUUGAUUUCAUGUAGUCAGGUCGCUUUGCCCUGAGCGGCUCGCUGUGGAACGACUCCUGUGCUGCUGGCCAGGGCACCAUGAGACUGGUCCUGUGGCCAGCCCUCCUGGUCACCCUGCUGGCCCUGGGGAGGGGGGCACUGAUCCCGGAGCCCGAGGUGAAGAUCGAGGUCCUCCAGAAGCCUUUCAUCUGCCAGCGGAAAACAAAAGGCGGCGAUAUGAUGCUGUUACAUUACGAAGGCUACUUGGAGAAGGACGGGUCCCUGUUUCACUCCACGCACAAACAUAACAACGGUCAGCCCAUCUGGUUUACGCUUGGCAUCCUGGAGGUUCUCAAAGGUUGGGACCAAGGUCUGAAGGGCAUGUGUGUAGGGGAGAAGAGGAAGCUCACCAUCCCCCCUGCCCUUGGGUAUGGAAAAGAGGGGAAAGGUCAAAUUCCCCCUGAGAGUACACUGAUAUUCAACAUCGAUCUCCUGGAAAUUCGAAAUGGACCAAGAUCACACGAGUCAUUCCAAGAGAUGGAUCUUAAUGAUGACUGGAAGCUGUCUAAACAAGAGGUUAAAAUCUAUUUGAAGAAGGAAUUUGAAAAGCAUGGGGCAAUGAUCAACGAGAGUCACCACGAUGCCUUGGUGGAAGACAUCUUUGACAAAGAAGACGAGGACAAAGAUGGAUUUAUAUCUGCAAGGGAAUUUACGUACAGACAUGAUGAGCUGUAGAGAACCAUCCCUCUGGCAGAGAAUUUUUGAGCCUUAUUUUCUAGCGAUGUUCAUUCUGUCUGUUGAGUUGGUAUUUAUUCAUAGGAAAGAAGUAAUCGUCUCCUGCUGUGUGUCUUUGAAUAUUAAAAGAAAUUUGAGUGAGACUGCUAAGUGCUCCUCUCUCCCUAAUGAGCUGAGACCAAGCGGAAGAAGAACACUUUGUUGUAGAAUCAUAGAUUUAAAGCCGGAUGGAAUCUCGGAGGCCAUCUGGUGCAACCCCCCUCCUAUUUUGUUGAUCAGGAUACCAACACACUUAGAGGGGAUGGAUCUUAUCCGAGGUCACCAGGGGGCCUCUGAAUCCAACUCCUGGUUUUCCCAGCACACUCCAGUCCUUUGUCUUUGAGCACACCAGCCUAUCUCUCAUUCUCACACCUGCAGCCCGACUGACAUUUAACUAGCUUGCUCAUAAUUUUAAAAGAUGGCAGCCAUAAACACACUUCAGCAUCAGAUUUAAUUAAAUCACAAACCACACACUCAGCUCUCUACCACCCACCUUUUUCUAGAAGUUAGAUGCAUUCUGUUGGGAAAAGCCAAGGCUGUCUAUUUUCAUGGUGCAACGAAACUGCCUGAUUUUUUGAGUUUUGAAUUGUCGGCACGUGAGGAACUGAAGAAAAUAUGGAUUCAGGUUUAUUUGUUCCACUUAUUGCUUUAUUUAAGAAGAAUGUGAGUAGCUAAAAUGAUUAAUGAUACAGAAUAAAAAAAUGUGCAUUGUGAUAUUCAA